CCCGAGGAAACAACGAUCUCAACUGCAAUCCGCUAAAACCGAAAGCAAGAAACUUUGGGAAAAACAUGACUCAUCAGAACCUCACAAAAAACCCCAUUAUGAGCAAGAGACAACAAACACUCCUCAAGGUCCUGCUUUUCUUCUUUGCCCUUAAUUCGAUCUCCUUCUACCUCUACUUUUCCACCCGCCCCGCCGCCCACCACCGCCCUCAACUGCCGGAAAAAACCAACCAAAACCCAUCUAAGGGUUCCUCAAGCCUCCUCCAGAAAUCAUGGCCUAUACUUCCAUCUUACCUCCCCUGGUUGUCCCAGACUUCUAAGGUGCGACAUAGGUCUUGUGAGGCCUACUUUGGGAAUGGGUUCACUCGGGUCCUUGAGAUCAUCCCACCGAAGGUGGCGGCGAGAUCUGGUGGGGGGUGGUUCCGAUGCCACUACUCGGGUACUCUUGGGAGCUCUGUUUGUGAAGGUGGGAAGAUAAGGAUGAAUCCUGGGAAGAUCAGGAUGUCGAGGGGAGGAGAGAGAUUGAAGGAUGUUGUUGGGAGAGGGGAGGAGGAGGAGCUGCCUGCGUUUGAAGAGGGGGCAUUCCAGCUGGAUGGUGGAGUUGGGAAGAAACAGAGGAGGCUUGUGACUGAGGAAUUUUUGGAUCGGUAUGUUCCUGCUGGAGAUAUCUUGAGGCACACCAUGAGGGAGUUGAUCGGGAGUAUUGAAAUUGCUGAUGAAAAAGAUUUUGAUUGUGAAGAGUGGGUUGAGGAGCCUACGCUUUUGGUUACACGAUUUGAGUAUGCAAACAUGUUCCACACUGUGACAGAUUGGUACAGUGCAUAUGUAUCUUCAAGGGUUACUGGUCUGCCCAAUCGGCCGCUUUUGGUUUUUGUGGAUGGACAUUGUGAGACACAAUUAGAAGAAACAUGGAGAGCAAUGUUUUCUGGCCUUAGGUAUGCGAAAAACUUUAGUGGUCCAGUCUGUUUUCGCCAUGUUGUUAUAGCCCCAUUGGGAUAUGAGACUCCAUUAUUCAAAGGGCUGACUAAAGAAAUAGAUUGCCAUGGGGCACCUGCACUUGAUUUAUGGCGAAACCCUGAUGACAAGAAAACUGCAAGAUUGUCUGAGUUUGGAGAAAUGAUUAGAGCUUCUUUUGGAUUUCCUGUAAAUAGACAUCGUGCUGAAAAGCCACUCUUGGGUCAUAAUAUUCUCUUUGUUAGACGUGAAGAUUAUCUAGCACAUCCUCGUCAUGGUGGUAAAGUUGAGUCAAGACUUAGCAAUGAACAAGAGGUAUUUGAUUCAUUGCAAAAGUGGUUAUCUAAUCAUUUUGAGUGCAAAGUAAACCUCAUCAAUGGAUUGUUUGCGCACAUGUCUAUGAAAGAACAAGUCCGAGCCAUUCAGGAUGCUUCAGUUAUUAUUGGUGCUCAUGGUGCUGGUCUCACACACAUGGUAUCUGCAUUGCCAAAAACAGUGAUUCUGGAGAUAAUUAGCAGCGAGUACAGACGGCCACAUUUUCAACUGAUUGCUCAGUGGAAAGGAUUGGAAUAUCAUGCCAUUAAUCUAGAGGGAUCAUUUGCUGAGCCAGCAGUUGUGAUUGACAGGCUUAACAACAUAAUGAAGAGUCUUGGUUGCUAAGUGCUGACAAUUUCUUUUGUGGUUUUGGAUGUGAUUUUGAUCCUUCUAACCCGAGAUGGGAAUCACAAGUAACCAGGAAUCCUUGAUACAAUGCUGCUUUUACCAUCUCCCUAUUGACUUGACAUUUUUGCUCACUUCAAGAUUCUUAUCACACACUGUUGAUGAGUAGGUAUACAAGAAAUUCUUUAUACAGGUUUAUUCUUCAGAGGAAGGAUCAACUGGUGACUAACUUAAGAAAGGGGGCUUCAUUAGUGAAUGAUUUUGUAGAAGAUACAACUUGGUUUGAGAGAAUACAUGUACAUGUAUUGGCUAAAAUAUGCAUUUAGCUCAUCACUUUAGCCUUUUAUAGUACACUAUAAAACUUUUAGCUUCUGAACUUAAAAAGGUUUGAAAAUUUUAUUCU